UCUCCAGUGACACCCUUCUAACUUUCGGCCCUCGCCAAACAUUUUUUCUUAACCAACUAAUACACAUUUAACGAAAUGGGUGGACACUACGUUAUUGCUGGCAAGGCCGUUCCCAACCACAUUGUAAGUUACAUACACGCAUACACAUAACUUUUUGACUGCUUUAUGCUGGAAUGGUCACGUUCUAAUUGCUUUUUAAUUAAUCAUAAAAUGAAUUUUUCUUCAUGUUCAUGUGCAUGUUUACUUUCACUUGUCCAUUUGAAACUAUUAUAGCUCUCCAUGGGCUUCCUUGGCGCCUACGCUGGUCUCGGUACCUACUUUGCCCUGAAGCCCCAGGCCCCUCAGCCCGCCACUCCCCCGAUCAAGGCCGGUUCUGUCGAUGAGGAAGCUUUCAUCAAGGAGUUCUUGAAGGCUGCAGAGUCCGAGGACAAGCAAUAGAUUAAGUAGUGCCCUACAAACACUCACUCAACACGCAACCUUUACGACCACAAAACAAAUAACAUCAUAUUAAAAACAAAAGGAAUAUCUGUUCUUUUUAAUAUGCAAGUCAAAAAAAA